AAAUAUUUUUCAUCUUCUUGCUGUAGCUUUGAGGCCGAGUUGUUUUUUUUCUCUCUCUCUCUCUCUCUUUUUUUUUUUAACUAUUAUUAUUAUUAUUAUUUUGGUUGCGAUACAGACUUUGAUUUUUUUUAUUUUUUAUUUUUUUGCCUUCGCUCUCUUUCCCUCCUCCCUCCCCCGAUGAACCUCUCUCCUCGCUCUGCACUUUGCAGGAGAGAGCCCAGAGGAAAAGCACCAUGAAGUGUUAAAAAUAACAAAACAAAACAACAACAACAACAAAUUUACUCGCAACAACACCAGCUAACACUUCCAGCUGCGGCUCGCGAGCUGCGAAAGAGCGAGAGGAGAGAGAGAGAAGGGAGGGAGAGAGGAGGGAAAAAAAAAAACCCUCUAUGCAAAAGGCGAAUAGCGAGAGCCCCGCGCUCUGAUGCAUCAGCGGAGCCUCUGCGAGGGAUAACGCGGAGCGGGAGAGGAGCCGCCGGGGCGGACCGGAUCGGAGGCAGAGCAGGAGAGCGGAGCGGAGCUCGCCAAAAAUCAAGCUGGCUCACCCGGUGGCGACUCAGAGCAGCCCCCUCGCUCCCGGAGCGCACCCUUUCUGGAGGACUCUCGGCAGCAAAAGGAUGGCAUCAGAGCUGGCGAUGAGCAGCUCCGACCUGCCCACCAGUCCCCUGGCCAUGGAAUAUGUUAAUGACUUCGAUCUGAUGAAGUUUGAAGUGAAAAAGGAGCCGGUGGAGACCGAUCGCAUUAUCAGCCAGUGCGGCCGCCUGAUCGCCGGGGGAUCGCUCUCCUCCACCCCGAUGAGCACGCCCUGCAGCUCCGUGCCCCCGUCCCCCAGCUUCUCGGCGCCCAGCCCCGGCUCCGGCUCCGACCAGAAGACCCACCUGGAAGACUACUACUGGAUGACGGGGUACCCGCAGCAGCUCAACCCGGAGGCGCUGGGCUUCAGCCCCGAGGACGCGGUGGAGGCGCUGAUCAACAGCAGCCACCACCCGCUGCCCGGCGCCUUCGAUGGCUAUGCUAGAGGGCAGCAGCUGGCCGCGGCCGCCGGCGGCUCCGUGCCGGCCGAGGAGAUGGGCUCGGCGGCCGCCGUGGUGUCGGCGGUGAUCGCCGCGGCGGCGGCGCAGGGCGGCGCGCCCCACUACCACCACCACCACCACCACCCGCACCACGGCGGCGGCGGCGGCGGCGGCGGCGGCGGGCACCCCCACGCCGCGGCGCCGGGCAGCGCGCCGCCCUCCUCCGCCUCCUCGGCCGCCGGCUCCGGCUCCGGCGGCGGCGGCGGCGGCGGCGCCGGGGGGCUGCACCACCCGCACCACGGCGGCGGCGGCGGCGGCGGCGGCGGCGGCCUCCACUUCGACGACCGCUUCUCCGACGAGCAGCUGGUGACCAUGUCGGUGCGGGAGCUGAACCGGCAGCUGCGGGGCGUCAGCAAGGAAGAGGUGAUCCGGCUGAAGCAGAAGAGGAGGACCCUCAAAAACAGGGGCUAUGCCCAGUCCUGCCGCUUCAAGAGGGUCCAGCAGCGGCACGUCCUGGAGUCGGAGAAGAACCAGCUGCUGCAGCAAGUGGAGCACCUAAAGCAGGAGAUCUCCAGGCUGGUCCGGGAGAGGGACGCCUACAAGGAAAAGUACGAGAAGCUGGUCAGCAAUGGCUUCAGAGAAAACGGAUCCAGCAGCGACAACCCUUCCUCUCCAGAGUUUUUCAUGUACCCGAGAGAAUCAUCUACAACGGUGAUGUGAAAAUCCCUGUUACCUGAGGUCAAAAAUAAAAGGAGAGAGCUGCGCUGGAAAACAAUUUGGAAGACAGGAGCAGAGAUCUGGUGUCAUUUUUGGUGCAGCUACUACAGUUCCUUGCUGUGAGCCCUUAUCAGUGGAGUCCUUGUAGAGCUGCUCAUCAGCAGAGAUCCUGCAGGCGAGCACAGCAUUAUUGUUUCGUCCCAUGUGGCUUUUUUUAUCAGUGCUGUUCUGGCUUCUAAACCUUCUGGAGAUGUUGUAAUUGGGUACUUCGGGGUGGCUUGGCUUUUUUUAUAGUGUAAGUUAAGUUUUUAGACUGGGCUUUAGAAAUAAAAAUAAAAAUAAAAUAAAGCAAAAGAAAACAAAAUAAAACUAGGGACAGGAAAGUAAAAGAAAGUUAAAGGAACUAAAAUGAAAGAAAUUGAAAUAAAAUAAAAUGAAAAAUAAAAGUAAGCAUCUGUAGUUAGAAGAAAGGAAAUUAAGUUCCAAAUAAAUAAAUUCUACUUCUAUUUCUUGGAGUGAUCUAGGACAGCUGAUGGAGAUUGACACUCUUAAGUUACAUGAAUAUUUUGAACGUGUAAAGAAUGCUUUAUAAAUUCAGCUUCGUUUGCUGUGAUACACUUUCCAAAUUAGGAUACUGCAGAGCAGAUUGUGAAAUGGUGAUUUACAUGACUUGAGGAUUUUGCUCCUUGUGAUUAAACACAAUAGCACUUCCUUUGGUUCCCUUUAGAGUGCAUUUAAAAAAAUGUAUUUAAAUGUAUGUAGAAAUGUGUUUAAAAUGCAGGUUAUUUCCACAAAUAUAAAAUAUCAGGAAAAAAGUGCAUUAUUGAGUGCUGUGUAGAGUACAGCUGAGCAUGUCUAGAAUUGCAACAUUCAAAAGGAGAAAAUAAAAUUACAACCAAGAAAAAUAUUCAAAGUACCGUUUUUUUUUUUUCCUGGCAGGAAAGUGAAAACAUGGAGUUUUGUUGGCUCAUUCUUCCUUUUGCAAAGGAUUUAGUUCUGAGCUUUUACCUCUCUACAUGAUAUACUGCAGUGAAAUGCACAGAAAUUUGGGAUUAGAUAUGAGUUGUAACAUCGAGUAAAUUUUAUGUUGAAAAAUUUAGAGUGUGCCAAGCAGCCAGCUCCUCGGACAAAAGACUAACAUGAAUAGGUUAGAGAAUUAUUAGCCUCUAAUAAUAGAUGAUAUACUAUAUAUCAAGUAAUGACUACUUACUAUCCUGCAUUUAUCUGUUACACGAUGUCCUUUUUAAUUACCUACCCUGCCGCCACAGGGGCCGGCAGCUGGUGCAAGAAAUGCUGCAAAGCUCAUGCCUUCUUCCCUCAUAAAAUGAAAAUAUCUUCCCAGUCUGUGCCCUUGCAGUUGUUAAACAUGGGUUUCCCAGGAAAAACAAAGCAUCCAAAGCAUGUCUUUUUUGGACAGUAAUUUUUAAGAAAGGUUGUGUUACUGAAAUUGUGUUUCAACACAGUUACAUCCAGUGGAGAGCAAAACUCUACCCGACUGUGGUUCUUCCCUUCAGAUUUUAAUUUCUUCUGCUGCUCGUCUAGGUGAGGAAUGGAUAAAAAUAGAUUGUUAGAUGAGGCUGUUGCUUUUAAUUAUAUUCAUAAUGAGAAUUCACCAUCCUUAAUUCAAUAGUGCAGUAGAAAGGGGGAGGGCAGGGUUGUUUAACCUCAUUUCCUAAGGAAAUGAGGCAUAUAGCAUCCCACCACCCACCCACCUGGACCCAAGCCGCUCCUAACAACAUGUGAAUGCUUUCUAACAGGGCUUGAAAGGGGACAGACAUCUCAAAAGUUACAUUUCCUCAUGGAAAUUUGGGUGAGUGCAGGGAAAAGCUCCACACUGGUGUGCCAGGCAGGUAAGUUCAGUCAUUAUCUCUGCCGAUGGCAGCCCAUGGCCAGUGACAUCCCCUGCCAGCUGGGCAACAGCAGGGCUGGAAGAGCAGGGCAUCAGGUUUGCUGCUGGGGCUGAACUUUGGGAUGGGGAGCACUGGGCAAAACCAGAGGAAGUCACUUUUGUUCACAAUUUGGUUUCAGGUAGGAGCAUAACCUCAUUUUACACUAAUUCUUCCCAGUGUAAUGUCAGUGCAGGCAGCCUCCUGGUUUUGGUGAAAUCAGGGCAGAAUGAGGAGCUGGUUUUCUUUCUUGGAGCAGGACAAAGCUCAGUGAAAAUUUGACACUGUGCUUUUGGACCUGCAGUGUUGCAGGGGACCUUUCCCAUGCUGUGCCCCCAAAAGAGCAGUUCUCCCCCCUGCUUCCCUCCCUCCAUCUGCUCCCACACUGACUGCUCUUGGAGCUGGCAGCACAUUAAUAAAAAAAUGUAAGUUUUAUGGGACAAAGUAAAUAAGGCAAUUCAUAUAUCAUUCCUAAGACACACAGAAAGGAGGCAGAGAAAAAUAACCAACCGAUAUUUUAUAUGAGGAUAUUUCCAUGAGUCAGCUCAUUUUCACAUUUCUGGGCUUCCAGCUGCAAGCUCUGCUGUGUUGGCUUAUCUUCUACUCGAGGCCUGGCAUGUGCCAGAAGUAGCUUAUAAUUGGCUGUGUUUCCCCUUUGUAAAUGGUAAUAAUAGAGCCUUUAUCAGCAGAGAAUGGCUAAAAAUUUGGAUGUCUUUAAUUUCAUCACAACUUGUAAUUUUUUUCAGGUCUAAUAUUACACAAAUAGAUCUCAGAGCUCCUUGUUCAGGUUGCAGGGCUGAGAGAUGAGGGGUUGAUUUUUGUAGGUGGGAUAUUGAACUGCCCUUCAAAUGUUCUCUAAGCAAUGGCCAUAGAGCUGAAUUUAUCCUGUAACCCUUGUGGCAGGGGUUUCAUUAACCCCUUGGCUUAAGAAAAGUCACAGUAGUUGUGGCUCAGCCUGGCUGGGAGAGGCUGAUGCAUUUGUUGUGGCAGCCUUAAUGUUUAUAGCAGGGCAAAAAUGCAAGGUAUUUUCAAUGUAUUUUAAUUCAUUUGAGGUUUUCAAUGAACUCACCUCAGCCUUUUAAACUCCUCCUGAGCUUGCUUCCUGUGGAUUUCAAAAUGACUAAAUUUAACUGGGGGGAAAUAAGCUCAUUCAAUACGAUUCCCAAAGACAACUAUGCAAGCUUUAUAGAAAAUGAAUUUUAAAUUUCUACAUGGCAGAAGAAUUUGGUUGAUCACAGGCAUAGAAUGGAUGUUGCAAGAUUUAUUUGGCCAGUCACAACUUGAAUUUUGAAUAAAUUCUGUCAAGCUGUUAAAAAAAAAUGUGGAAAUACAUCACUUGACGCAUUCAGAUCACAAAUAUGUUUGAAGGGAACUGCAAUAUGCUCAGAGAUAUCCUGUGAAUAAGAAAGAUUUCACAUGUGUUUAAUAUAUUCCUUUUUGAGGAAUUAAUUGUCCACCAGCACUGACAAGCAUGGGGGAUGGAGCAGCGGAAUGGGAGCGAUUUGCAGUUCUUAGUGGGAAUUAGUGGCAUGACUAUAUUAUAACAAUCAUAAUUAAGCUUUGUACUUGAACAGUGCCUUUCCUUGGGGAAUCUCAAGGCACUCUGUCAAAUUUAUGGGGAAAUCCCGGGGAAAUAAGUGAUUUCCCUACAGAUCUGCAAAAAUUCAGUGGCAGAGCUGUGAGCAGACCCCAGGUCUCCCGACUCCUGGACUCUGGCUCCAGCUCUCAGCAGGAGCUGCCUGAUUCCUCUGUCACAAACGGGGCAGGACUCAGGGGCUCAGGGAGCACAGCCUGGGGGUGCAGGUGGGGCUGGGAGCACUGGGGUGCCUCCCUCACCUGGGGCUGAGCAGGGAGCAGGGACAUGACACGGGCAGGGGCAGAGGGAAGGUGACAGCAGGGACAGGAAGCUCACACUGGGCAGCCCUUUCAGUGCAACCUCAAUAAAAAUAACAGUGGGAAACCACACUUGGGUGUUGUUGUAACCUUGGGGAAGUCCUGACUCCUCCAUGCCUCAGUUUACCCACCUCUACAAUUAAUAUGGUGGCACUGUGGGAGGAGUUGUGGUGGUGGACUUUUCAUGGCACAAAAAGAAAAAAUCAGGAAAUCUUACAUAAGGAUGUGGUGCUUGGAGCAUCAUUUGAAGCUUUUCAUCAAGGCUAAAGUCCUUACCAGAAAAAUGUGCUCUACUUUAUAUCAAAAUUCAGCAUUUGUGCAAGAAAUACACAGGGAAAUUAUUUAUGUAUCAUGAAGAAGACUCUGAUGAGAUGAUCACAGGGGUCUGUUCUGUUUAAAAUCCCUCAGGUUAAAAACCUGUACAACUUAAUGUUUCUAACAUGCUUUGAGACCUUCAGAGGCAGGGUCCCUUUGGACUCAGUAGCAUGAAUUGGCCUCCUCGAGUAAGCUGAGUUAAAUUUUGUGCGUAAGACAAGCAACAUGUUACGUUAUGGAUUUGUUUGCUCCCCUGGCUCGUUUCACCGGUUUGUGCAGCCUGGUGAAAAACCAGACAAAUUCACCUGACUGCACAGACAGAGCAAAGCCAACAGUAAGUUUUUCAACCAAGUGCCUGCAGAGGAUGAAAAAAUGUUCAAAAGACAACUGGAUUUAACAUUAUUCAGAAUGUUUAAAGUAAGCAGUAAAACCUUAAACAUUGAUUUGGUAUUUUACUGGAACAAAUAGAGAGAUUUAAAAAUAGUGAUUAGAUGCUGAAAAGCAGAGUUCCAGUGAAAAUCCCCAUAUUUGCUCUGAAUAAAUCCUCUCCCUCCUGGGAGCAGGCUGAGUGUGGAGAGGAACAGAGUUAUUGGCCUCUCUUGUUAGGCCCAGGCUGCUCAUUUGGCUUGGUGAAGGGCAACAGGAUGUUUUUGGGUGCGUGUGAAGGAACCUAUCAAGGAGCAAUGGGCAGUGGUGCUGUGGAUGGGAGCAGAGGUGUUUUAGAGGGAGCUGAAUUGUUGAUUCCAUGCAGAGAAAUCCCUCCCCUCUGCCCUGGGACCAGGGGUCAUGGCAGUGGCCUGGUGAGGGGCACUGCUCUCCAGCAGCACUGCUGGCAUCUCUGCCAGCCUCGGGUCAGAGGACCAAGGGUAUCCCACCAGAACUGGGACAGCUGGCAAUCCUCGCUCUUGUGCAGACUGUGUGAAAUGCACACCAUUCCCCAGAGCUUACAGGCACAGUUACAAACGAAGCAAAGAUGGCAGGAAUGACAUUCCCUUACUAAUUAUAGUGUGGUCCCAUCUGUAUAUUUGGUGUUAUGUCACCAACUCCAGCCUGCUUUUUUCUAGCAGGGAAAUACUGCUGUAGGUCGAAGCUCAGCACAAAAGGCUCCAGACCUCUAGUAAAGUUAUAGUUGCUUGUUUAAUGGGGGAAAAACUCUAUUUUUAAGAGUUGGAAAUCUGAGAUUGUGUUGGCUAAGGAGCUUUUUGGGUAAUUCAACUGUCCAUGUUUAAAAAGCACUUGGGUGUGGAUAAACAUAAGAGUUCAAUGGCUACACAUUUCAUUAGACCCCGCUGGCUCCACUGGCACCUUGUGCAUGGCAGCAAAGCUGUGAGCUCAGGUCCAUCCCUCCUGCAUGGAAAAGGUGGGAGAGCAGCUAUCUCCCUGGCCAUCAGCACUCUUCUUGGCUGCAGACUUUUUGGUUAGUAGAUACUCUCUGAAGAGUUUGGACUGUAGGACUUGUGCAUUACCUGCAGGAACUCCCUCAGAGAGAGAAGAGGACAGAAACUGCCCUACUGAAUCACUCCAUGGGGAGCUUCCUUUCAAUCCUCUUGAGGAACUCAUGUGUCCUCCUAGGGACCCACAUACAGUCCUGGAGUCCACGUCUCUUUCUGUUGGUGGAGUUUCCUGGGUCCUUCUUGUAAAAUGGUUGCAGUUUAGGAGGUUAAAAUUGCUCAUGGAAAUGCCAUUUGUCCCUCUGAAGGAGCCCUUGGGGUGCUUCUUUCUUGCACAUGAUACUUGUGAGCAGUAUUGGUGAGCCUCAUGCUAAAUCACAUAGGACUGAGAUUUUUAAUUAGGGUAGAGGUGGGAGCCUCCAAAUCUGAUGUGAUUAGAGAAUUCUCAUAACUUCUACAUUUAUUAGAUAGUCCAAUUAGCAUAUUUCUUACUUUAAUGUCUCUAUUGCCCUGUUCAAUGUUGAAAAUCCAAAAAUAAGACCACUUGCUGAAACUUGAAAGCCGUGAAGUGAAAAUAGUCCAGAAACAAAAGUAGAAAUGGGUGUUCUUAAUUUAAUUCACUGUUUGGGCUAAAAAAAAUUAAUGAAACUUUGGCAAAACAAGGAAACACCAUAAGUAAUUACAAGGAAAUGAAAAUCUGAAAACCAUUUACUUCUCCCCCAUCCACUGGUUGCAGGAGUGGCAAAAGGAAUUUAAAAAUUCAAACAAGGCUUGAAGCCACCCCAAAAGCAGGCUUGUGUGAGGAGGUGGAGAAGAACUGUGCAAAGAUGAAUCUCUCAGGGCUUGCACCCAGACCUGUCCCGUCAGGUUAAAGCCCCUCUGUGCCCCCUGGUUUGCUGAUACUUCCCAGGGGUGUUUGGUGGAGCUCAUGUACAGGAGGGGAAGCAGAUCCUCAAACAGUUUCAUGGGUGAGGAGCUGCCACAUGAAGGCCGUGGUGUCUCUGAAAGUCGAGGAGAAUUUGUACCAGCAGAAAUAGGCUCUUGGUUUCUUGUCAUGCAGGAAGCCGUUGGUGGAGCCGGAAUUUAACAAGUUCACAACUUAACAAGUCCCAGCCUAGUGUCUGGACUACCAGAAUAGAUUUUUUUCUCAAAUACCCCCAAUCACUCAAUGCUUUUGUCAAAUUUCUGUCUCUCUGUACCCAGUGUCAGCCUCAGCUUAACAAUGAAGGUAGUCCCAGAAAACUUCUCACAAAUAAGCAACCUAUGCUCCCUGUUAUGAAAGCAACCUCCUACUGUCUUGUAUAUUAAUUCUGUUCUUGUGGGGCGCUGCAGAGGUUGAAUUUUCUCUGCCUGGCAUGGUAAAUUUCAUUGCUUUAAUUUUUUUUAGGAACUCCAAGUUUCUGAAAGGCUUAGAGUGAGCCAUGAAGGCUCCACCUCUUUCUUGGCCCUGUAACCUGUGAGCAGUUCAGCUGAGGCUAGGAGAUUUGUGUAUAAUGAUUUGGGAAAGUUGUGAGUAUAAAUAGUAAGGAAUUUGAGAUGUUUUUCCCCUCUGUAAUUCAACACUCAAUAGCUUCCCCUUCCACCCUGCACAUAAGGUGCUGUACCAAAACCAUGGAAAGAAUUUGUGGAGCUUCAGAUCAAGGAAGUUCAUAUGCUUGCAGGCUUUUUCCUUGCUUGCUCUUAAAAAAAAAAAAAAUCUUAUAAUAUAAUCUUCUCUGGAGAAUAGCAUAGCCAGAGGACUUUACAAAUUUUCACCAGAUCCUCUCACCAGGAGCAUUUGCCCCAGGGCAGAGGCAGGACAGCCCUCUGAUCUCUCAUGCACAGUGUGGUAAGGGCAGGAGCCUACAAUAAGUGUUCAUCCUCAACUUUUUCCUUUCUUUUUUCUCCUUUCUCUUUCUGAUAGCAGCUAGUGCUGAGAGAAUGUGUUCAACUUCUCUAGGCUCCAACCUCAGUCUUCUUAUCCAUUCCAUAACUCACAGAUAUACAGGGCCAAGCUACUAGGCUGCAGCACACAAAAUACCAGAAUCAUUCAGGUUGAAAAAGACCUCUCACAUCAUUAAGUCCAAACUCAAAUGAUCAGGGUCUUCUUGGCCCCAGCUCUCUGAUGAAAUGUCCAUCACUGGAGUGCCAGGACAGGACAUUCCUGAGCACAGAUGUUGCCAUUGCAUGUGACAGCAAUGCUUGGAGCUGAGGACACCCUGGCCUGGGCAUCUCUGUAAUGAUAGGUUGCUUUUAAGUGCCCUGAAGGUUUCUUUCAUCUCCAUAGGCAUCUUUGUCUUAAUUUCUCCUGUGCUUUAAACCCUGUGCAUAAAAUGCAAUGUAAACCUCAAAACACCCUCACCUAUUCUAACAGAAAUGUAAUUUCUGAGCAGUAUCCAUGCAAAUUCUCUGUAGCCUCUGUGAUUUCAGCCCAGAGAUGGGUCUGAGCUCUGCACUUCAUCCCCAAAGCCUGAUUGAAAACCCCUCCUACAGCUCUACAAUUAUACUGACUCGGGCACACAUGAUGGACAAUCACAACAUAUAUUUGUGUACAUUCAUUGCCAGGAAUUUGAUGUAUAAUUUCAUUUUUGAAUCUUGACUUCAUUUUGCACCAUGAUAUUUGAACAUACAGAUUUACAAAUCAGGCCCCAGCAUUAUUGUUUAAAGAACCCUCAAUGCUUUUGGUAAAAACCUGAGUAAGUAUUUCUUAUAUUUAGAGGCAAUUCUGCUUAUUGUCUCUUCAUACCAUAAGCUUUUCACUGACCUAGAUUUUGCUAUUUCAUUUUCUAUAUGCUGUCCCACAGUGCAUUUGCAUGGAAAGGAAGUCUUUUGUCUUUUAGUGUCCUCUUGCACUUGCUAUUUCACCCACUAGCCAAAAUCACACUCACUGCCCUGUGAUGGUGUGAAGAGCUUCACUGGAAGUGAUUGUGUGGCUGAGGAUCCUGGGUUCAAACUAGAAGUAAAAAGCUAUUGCAGCUUUUAGCUUUGUAGAAUCCUUGGGCUGAAGAGUGCUGGAGGACCAGCCUGCAGCAGAAGAGCAUGCAAAGAGGAAUGGUUUGUGUGUUUUCCAGCAGUAGCAAUUUACAGAAAGAAAAAUGGGCAGAGUCAGAACCUGGCUUCCUUUCAGUCAGAGAGAAUAGUCCUCUCCCUGGAUGUAUAUUACAACUAUAGCUAAAGACACAAAACAACAUCUUGAUUUUAAUUCUGGUUUCAGUUUUAGCAUGUCAUUAAAGAGAUACCUGUAUUGACAGGAAGAGUUGUAAUGCUUUUGGGGAGUUGUUAUUAUCGUAUUACACGAUUAUGGUGUUUAUUGCGGUGGUGCCUGAGGGCUGAAUUUACAAAUGCUGCAGAUGGAUUACAUGGGUAUUAUGCUGCAAACAGACAUUUUGCUGCAUGUUCAUGUUGAAAUCCUGUGAACUGGACAAUGUAAACAAAUUAACAUUAUCAGGGAAAACCUGUUUUUAAGUUAACUUUCCCUGCAGAUUAUGCUCAGCCAAAGGACAUUUGCUCUUCCUCUUACAUCUCCUGCAUCUCAACCAUGUUCAAAAAUGUUUUUUCUAGCACAUGUUACCCAAAACCUCAUCCUUUUCAGAAAAAAAAAAAAAAGCAGACAUGUUUUAAAAUGCAUUUGAUCCAACCAGCUAGUAUAUUUUUAAACACGACAGUGUUAUGUUUAACAGUGUGUUAGCAUAUGUCAAUUAACUUGUUUCCGCAGAGUGCUGACAGAAGUGCCCCCGUCACCGCCAGCCCUGAGGGGCCCUGGGGCUCAGUCGAGUCAGCAGAAGGGAGCCUGUGCCCACACCUCCAGCCCACUGAAACUCAGCACUGGCUCUUCUGGACAGUAUUAGGGUUCUGGAAGAGGGCAUGGUAGAUUUGAAGUAAUUUCUCCUUCUGCUGGCUUUGAUCUGUGGGUUAACCCCCAUGGUCGGGGAGAUGCACCAGGGCUCCUCUGUCAGCACCCCAAAUGAUGUCUCCUGUGAGCACACACGUGAGCUGAGAUGCUCUCACUGCACACAACGCCCUUCCAGACAGAAUAAAUAGAGACUUUUUAUCACACUGUCAGGAGAUCACACCCCUUCCCUGUUCCAGAUAUAGAUGAGAUGGAGGAGAAAAAAAUGCACGUGCAUGUAGCCCCUAAGUCUCCCUUGUACCCAGAGGAGGUGGUGAUGAUGGCUGUGCAUGUCUAGGGUGCUUUGUGUGCCAAGCCAUGGCCAUGGCCAUGUGGGGUGCUCCCUUCCCCACUGCUCCAGACCACGCUGGCCACUGCAGCGGAAAUGCUUUUACCCAUUGUUGGAAGCAGCAGAGAGAGACCUUUCUGCCCAGAGACUAGCAUGUGCUGCUGGAUAAAGCCCUGGGAAUGUGCGAACUAACCAGUCAUGUCCUAGCAGGACCUUCCUGUGCAUCCCAGCCAUGAAACUGUGCGUGAUGAGAAGUAAGUGGAGUGGGGAGCACACAGGUCAGGUCUCAGCAGCAGAGCAGGAGUACACACUGCUUUCCAUAGAGAUGUGGAAGUGCCUGUCCAUGCAUGGCAGCUGCAGAGACACCAUCGGGUGUUUGAUGGGGCUCAUCUGGUACUGCCCAAGCAGAGGGUGUGGGAAGGGUAAAUGCAUGGGCAGUUAUGGCAGAGGAGGUGUCCAGGGUCUGUAACCCCAUGCCCUGCUGCUGUGGGCCACAUGGUUAAUCCAUGUCCCAGCCUGACUCCGUAUUUGGGAGCAACACCCAAAUGGACAGACACGCCUCUGCUGCUGUUCCUCACCCAGGGAAUUUGGGCAACCUUCAUUUCUCAUUUCAAGAUUAGCAAAUGCAUGAAUGAUUCCCACGUGUUCUGGGACAGUGUUAAUGGGAACGGUAGAAAUACCUAGAAUAAGCAGUGUCCAAAAAUAGGUCUCUUGUCCUGCCAAAGUCUUGCACAUGUUCUUAACUUUCCUGCCCUGGGAAGCAACUCCUGGCACCCUGCAGGGCAGGAGAGUUUUUUCCAUUUGCUUCAGUGGGUGCGGGAUUUCAUUCUGCCUUAAAGACCUGUGGAUUUUAAAGGGACUGUCCAUAAGACACAUUCGAGCUUUCUGUAGGGUCGAAGUGCUUUAUAUUUUUAGCACUGACACAAUGGUCAUGAGGGAAAAGCACGUAUUUGCCCCGCUCGAAGGGCAUGGUCAGACAUGCUGCUCUGCUGGGGCUGCUUGGGGUCAAGUUGUUAUUGGCCCUGAACCAUUUCUUCGGGUGCUGCACCUUCCUGCUGCACAGCUUGGCUGCCAUAAUUGGAGCCGUGGAGCUGACCUACACCAGCCGAAACAUGUUGGAAGUGGGGUUUUAUAAAUAGACUGUGUGGACAAAGGGUGUCUGCUCCGGGGUGUUUAUGGGGCUGGGGAGAGGAGCUUGGGGCAGGGGAUGGAGCCUGACAGCUCCCAGUGAAGCAGCACAGCCCUCUUUGCAAAACAGGGAGUGUGGUGCUGGCAGAGCCUGCGGCAAGCCCUUGGCACAGGGAAGGACGGAGAGGCCGUGACCCGGGGUGUGGGAGCUCAGCUAUUUUCUCCCUGUGAGACUGGCUCCCAGGCCUUUGCUCAUGCAAACCCUGACAGAUCCCAUCUAAAUGAGUAGUUGGAAAUUAUGUGCUCCCUCCCUGGUCUGGGCUGGAGCUGAAUUCUGCUACCAGUCUCAGGGAGUAGCUUCUGCUGCUGAAUGCAAUUAAAAGAACCAGAACUUGGCGCUGUGGGAUCUUGCCCAGUGCUGGUAGUCAGGGUGAUUGACACUGAAUCCUUUGAUUUCUCCAGAGGCAUCAUAAUAUUUUAAACUUAUUAUUAAUUACAAGUGUAUUAAUCUCAGAAUAGUAUUAACAGUAUUUCAAAAUAUAAUUUAAUCCUAUCCAACCCACUGGGAAAAAGAAAAAAAGCAGUUUUGGAUGAACUGAACAACUUUAUAGACACUGUGCUUUAUAACUAGAUAGAUUUUCCCUAGUUUGUUUCAUUUCUAUCUAAUAUUGGUGGAAGAUUAAAGAUACUGAAUCAAUGGCUGUAAAAGCUUACAUUAAAAAUUUGCAGUAAAUGAGGAGAGGAAAAUUUCAUUAGAAACAUAAAUUGUAGCAACUGGAAUGCCUGCAACUUAUUUUUAGUAUUCCACUGACAGUCACACUUGAAAGCUUUUUUUUUCUAAAUGUUUUCUUUUCUCAGA